AUGGCAGCAUCAAUAAGAACCAGAGGAAAGACCUCCACUCAUCUUAGUCAUUAUGUGGGGUCAGACAGGAAGAUCCUUACCUCAGAGUUACCAACUGUGAGUGAUUUAUUAAGAUACGGUAUUCUGCUAAAGCAGUUGAGCAAGAAAGACAAAAUUUAUAUAAAAAAAGAACUAGCCAAAGAUAUUAUGACUGCCCUCUUUGAUCAGUGGACCAAAGCAAAUUCUAAGUUUAUAUAUUCUGUUGUCAUUCAUGAAAAAAGAGCUGAGAAACUAGAAGAAAAUGCCAGGAAAGAGAAGGAAGAGAACUUAGUAGCUGCACAGUUUAUUUCUGGCGAAGACAGUGAUGACUCUGAGAAAUCUGAAUCGAAUGUAGAGAACAAAGUUCAAAAGGAGAACAGUGAAAUGACUGAAGUGUACAAUACUCAGGAUAUAAGAAGCAGUGCACUAGCCAGUAUGAGAAAUCACACUGGAUUAAGGGAGACAGCUGAAAUAGCAACUGCUGCUUGGAUUAUUGCUGGCUUCAUCACUGAUAUAGACAAACAUCUUAUAAUUGAUCAUAAUAAAGUUAAAAGAGCUCAGCAAAAGUUGAUCAAAGAAUUUAAAAAUAAGUUUAAAAGUGAAAUAAAAGAGCAUGCCAUCAGCUGUUUACUCUUUGAUGGAAGAAAAGAUGACACCAAGGUGAUGCUUGACAUUGUUGGUUCUUCCAAAAAAUUUUCAGGUAUAGUAAAGGAGAAGCACUAUUUGAUAUGCAGUGAACUAGGAGGAAAAUAUUUGAGGCAUUUCGUUCCUGGGAAAGCUACUGAGUCCAAGAAACCAGCGGAGAUAAUUGCAGAUAACAUUGUUGAGUGGCUGAAAGAGAAAAAUAUUGAUGAUAAGCUUCUGACAGUACCAAUACAAACACUGGCAGACAUGGUGGUGUGA